UACAACAGCUACCAAGAAAAUGGCAUCCUCUGUCAGAAGUCAAUUGCAGGGUCCAAGGCCUGCACCGCUUCUUGUUAACCGGAGCUCUUCAAAGAUCAAGAAAACAGCGGCUCCAAAUCGUCGGAGACAUUCUCCGGUUGUCAUAUAUCUGAAAUCACCUGAUAUUAUUCACGUUAGAGCUGAGGAGUUCAUGGGUCUCGUACAACGUCUUACUGGGAAACAAGCACAGAAUCAGAGUAGUAUUUCUGCUUCAUCAUCGUGUUCUCCAACUGCUCGUGCAAUGGCUGAUGUUGAGUCCAUCGAAAAGGGUUCUUCAAGCAUGGGUGAAGAAGAGUUGGAUAGUGAGUGAGCUCAAUUUCGCAGUUUUAUUUUAAGCAUGUAGAGGGAUUGAGAGUGAAUUUCAGUAGGUAGUAGAAAAGAUGAAUUACUUAAACCCCGGGUUUGCUAUAAAUAAAUUUGUAAA